UGUUGGAUUAUUUUAUUUUCCUGAAAAUUCGGUCCUUCCUUUUUGACAUUUUUUCCGAAACACAAGGUGGCGCGAAUGCAGCCCAAACUACUGUAAAGCAAUAAGACGAAGAAGAUGAGUGGCGUCAUCAACAAGUGACCAAUUGUAUGGCGCGGGGAUUUGAAGACAAAUGUCGGACAGGCCAGCACAAAUGUUUGAUAUUCAAACUGUCUUGCAGCGCUGCGACCCCGCCCUCCUGGCGCCAUGUGACGAGGGGGGCGAGCUGGACCCUGCAGCAGAGAAACUCCUCUUCCUCCAGGACAGGCGGCGUGUGCAGAAGGUUCUUUGGCGUCAGCUGUUUGUUCUGGACUCCACGAUGCAUAAGAUGGAGGGACUUGAAUCUGCCCAGCAACUGCUGACACAGCCCUGUCCACCUCAACCAGAGGGUGGAGCUCGAGGCCGUUGGAAAGUGUUAAAGGCGGAGUACAGGUUGAGGGCGGAGCAGAUGGAGGAGACGCUUGCCACACUGCAACAAAACAUACAAACCAUCAACAACAAACGACACAAAGUCACACAACUGCUUCAACAGCUGCAAGCCAAGAAGAAACAGAGUGACGACAUGGAAGCAUGCGUGCAGAAGGCCCACAAAGCGUUGCAGGCAUGUGAUGGUCAGCUGAUUCGGCUGAGGGCGGAGCUGGAUGCGGAGCUUGGGCAUGUGGACGACUGGCUGCAUUCCAAAGAGGCUUUGCAGACAUACAUGGCUGCCGUGAACGUGGUCGCACACGUCCGCCUGCUCUCCUACAACCAAUCGGAGGUGUCUCUGGAACUGUGGCCACACCCCCCCGCCAACAUGAACCUGGCAUCCAAUGAGCCAGAGCGGGUCAAGCUGUCAAUUAUCUGGAACUCCAACAACCACUUCACACUUCAGGUUGAUCCGACGAGCUCGGCAAGGCAGCUGCAAGAAGCCGUAUCGGGCCACCCCACCGAGCUCAGCGCUGCCCUGUUGGAGGUGGUGCAGAACUACAUGGGUCAGGCUGACCUCCUGGCUGAGAUUCAGAGUCUGAGAUACAGCUUCGCCAUUGACUGGCAUCCUGCUCAGCGUGUGCUGGUGUACCUCAAGUCUGCAUCGAUCUUGUGCCACCUGGAGGUGCAGGAAGGGUACCCCGACAGCGGAGCCAUACGUCUGCGAGACAUACAGAGAGAUGGACAACCCAUGAACACUGCAGCACUGCAGCCUCAAAACCCUGACUGGAGCCUCAGUGAGUGGCUCAUUUUUCUCUGCAGCAAUCCUCUCAUUUGAUGGUUAGAUUAUCAUCAUCAUGUCCUCAUUUGUGAUACUCCAAAUAAAGAAAACAGCUGGCAAGAAAUGUAGGCAUGUCAUGUGAUGUAUGUAAUAUAUAUGUGUGUUAGUGUAUGUACAAACCCCAGUUCCAAUUAAGUUGGGACAUUGUGUAAAACAUAAAUAAAAACAGAGUACAAUGA